GUCUUCAGUGACACAACGUGGGACGUGGAGGAGGUAGGUGGUGGAGGUGGAAGCUACUGGUGGUGAUGGCGCUACUGGGUCUCCGCUCUUCCACCCUCUGCAUCGCUCUCAUCGCGCUCGCCACCGUCGCUCUCCUCUACCGCCUGCUCGCCGCCCUCGGCGCCACGGGUGCCGGCCCCGCGUUCGCCUCGCAGCCCGCGGGUCACCGCGAGUUGGACUUGCGCGCCGUGCUGAGGGUGGCGUUGCUGGCGGCCGAGCGCGGCGGGGAGCGAGUGGCGGCGGUGCGCGGGGCGAAGGCCGCGGGGCGCGUCCGCAGCAAGGGCAAGACGCGGGAGGGAGCCGAGGAGCUACUCACGCCCGCAGACAUCGCCUCGCACCGCGCCAUGGUCGCGGCCUUCCACCACGCGCUGCCCGGCGUCAAGGUCAUCUCCGAGGAGACUGACAACACGGACGUGGAGGAUGCGGAAUGGGACGACUCCAUUCACCGCGAGGUCCUGGAGCGGAUCCCACACCCGCAGCCAGCCUUGCAGAAGGCCCUCACAGUGUGGCUGGAUCCUCUGGAUGCCACACAGGAGUACACGGAUAACCUCGUGAAGUACGUGACCACGAUGGUGUGUGUGGCCAUCAACGGGAAGCCGGUUAUCGGAGUCAUCCACAAGCCGUUCCUCAAGCUGACCGUGUGGGGAUUUGUUGGCCGUGGGCACUCUGCCAAUGUGCAGCGGCGCCACGCGGGACACGAGUCUCCGGUGUUCAUCGUCUCUCGGUCCCACGCCGGCAACGUUGCCCGGCAGGCACACGCCGCUUUUGGCAACAAGUCCGUGAUCGUCCCGGCUGGAGGCGCAGGGUACAAAGUGCUGUCCUUGCUUGACGUGACGGGGGACGACUCGGACAAGGCGGACGUGUACAUCCACACGACGCUCAUCAAGAAGUGGGACAUCUGCGCUGGCAAUGCCAUUUUGACUGCACUGGGUGGCCACAUGACCACGCUGCGCGGAGAGGAAAUCGUGUACGAGGGCUCGCCCAAAAACGAGGGUGGCCUGCUGGCAAGUGCGACACUCGACCACACGCUGUUGCUGAAGAAGCUGUCGGUGCUGUAACGGAGGUCCUUACCGCAGGUUACAGCACAGGCGGCAAGAAGGCCCCCUGGGUUCGAUUCCUAACUCGGGCGUCUUUCUUUUUGGGGUUUGUAUGUUCUCCCUCUGUUCUGCAUGGGUUUCCUCUGGGAUUUCUUGUUUUCUCCUAUAAGCUAAAAAAGCACACAAUGCUGAAAAAUGACCUGUAAAUGCCUCAUUUGGAAUUGGACGUAGCAACAUCGCACCGCUUCUGCGAAAGCUUGUCAGGACCCUCCUCAAGUAUCGUCUUGAGACUCAUUGAGGCCAUGCUGGAUAAACGAAUGGGAUUAUAAAAAUGCAGAACUCCUCUUAUCUGCAGGGAAAUGUCUGUAUGUAUGUAUGUUGGGACUUCUUUCGAAAUGUACGUAGGCAACCGUUCUAUUUGGAAGUGCGAUGGGAGACCAAUUUUACAGAAAUGUGAGACCAAUAUUACAGAUCCUCUUAUCCACGGAGUAAACAUCUGCGCAAGUCCCCUUCUCAGCAAAAAGAUCACAGGUUAUUAGGACUUUCUCAAAUGCAGCAGGGGUAUUUGAGGCAUAAAGUGUUGGCAAAUGCAAUUUUUAUCACGCGUAAUAGGAUGCUCUUCUGCAAAGACUUAUGGGGGAUAAGUCACGGAUAAUUGUAAGAAUAUGGACCGUGGAUAAUAGGAUUUUUCACAAAUCCUAUAGCAUUCACGGAUACUAUGAUUUGUAGAUCAUAGGGCUGUGGAUAAGAAUAGUUGUGUAACAAUGAGUUCCAAAAAAACACAAAAUUAACAGACCAAUUAAAAACUCCCUGGCGUCUUCAUGAACACUUGUCGCAGCCAACAAACGUAGAAUACUCACGUUUCUAGUGCCGUCUUUUCGGAGCAGAGAGCAGCCCCAGUACAUUCAGAUUUAAUUGUAAUUUGAGAAUUAAUUUAAUCACGUGGUACUUUGAAAACGAUGGGGAAUUGUAUAUGAGAUGUGUAUAUUGUUUAUAGCUCAAUAACUUCCAUUGGGUAACCAAAAUAUAUUUAAUUAGAAAGAAAAGCUUAAACUAAAAAUGAUUGCAUGUAUCGAUUUAGGGAAAUGUCACAAGUCACUCUGGGAAUCAAGAUCGGUUGUAAUGUGCUAUGUAUUUUGGCCAUUUAAAGUCUCUUGCGCCAAGUCAGUCGAUCCAUAGGGGCUGUAAAAAUGUCCCUACACAAUUAUCCACAAUAUAUAUACACACUUGUACAUGCACGUAACGAUGUAAGUACUGUACAAACCUUAGCUGUUAUACGAAGACUGUGAGUGUAUUCAGAGUCUGCAAGGUCACCUGUAUUAAAAUUUAAUUUGCACACAACGUUCAUUCACCGGAGUGCGAAAGACACGUUGAGACGUCCGUUCCAUCCAGGUGUUUGGCAUUCUGAGGUUGGGAAUGGCGUCCUGCUCUUUUAGGCCUCAGACAUUGGUCAUUUUAGGCAUCGUCAGUGACUUGAGCUAAUUUAUACACCUCAUGGGUACCUCUGGAACUGAGCGGUUUUGUUCCACGGGCGGUUUUCUAGGUGUAAAUAUUUGUGGUGACCCAAUGCUACUGAAAAUGAUAUGCUCCCAGAAGGGAUUUGUAUAGAAUGCUGUAGGUUUAUUUUUGAUGUGGGAGCAGAUACGGGAUAGAUACUUAUGGUGUGCCUCUCUUUAUUUUCAUAUGGUUACAAGAUAAGUGGGGCUGAGGGCAGAUAUUUAAUGGGAUAUGUUUGUUGAGCUUCCAUGGAAGGUGUUUACCAACAUUCGGAUGAUACGCCUCGAUCCAAUGCGUCCUUGGUAAGCAGCAGUCUGCUGAAGGGGAACCCAGGGUGUGUUCACAAUGUGGGGAGGUUCAAGGAACAUCAAAUUAAAUAUCUCAAUAUAAGGUGACGUUUGUUUUUAUUUGUUUGGUAAUGUUCAUGGUUUUAACAGUAUUUUUAUGAAUAUCCCAGUGUCUUGUGCAUCUGGCUAUAAACAUAUCACAUGUUAGGCUUCUCCAGAAUGGUAAAAUAGCCGUACGUUUAAACAAACAUCAAAUGAUAAGCUUACACAUUAUUGGGAGUAAUUUUAACACCUCUGCUUACUGGAAUAUUGACAACGGUUUCUUCUUUACAGCACCGUAGUGGUAGUUAGACACCGAGAGAGGUGGUCUUGGGUUUUUCCCUAGAAGAAACGUAUUGAUGUUCAUCUUGUCAGUCCUGCAGUGAUUUUCCUGGUUAGAAUGAAAGUGUGCGGGGAAUUAUUUGGACUGAUAUGGUAGGGUCGUAUUGAACGCAGUGGAUUUUUUGAGCUGCUGGAACUUUAUAUCUUGAUGAGAGGUAGUGGAGUAGGCCGUGCCUAUUGCAGUGGCAGUGGUGCUGAGAGUUUGGCAGCAUGGGCUGCUAUCAGAUAAUUGCUCUGUCGUCUUCCCCUGUUACCUGCGUUGGGUUUCAGAUCGCAGACGCGUACCGAGGGUGAGACCGGUGCUGGGAGGGUAACGAUAUGCUGUCCCAUCUCCAGUGCCGACGCAACAUUGUUUGAAACACUUAGCGCAUUAACACCUGUACAAUUCGAGUCCACGUGGGGCACAGUCCUUCGUGUUUGAUGUGCUCUCUCCUGGCUUCAAGGUUUAAAGCGUGUCGAUACGCCACACCUUCGUGGAAAAUUAACGACACGUUUACUCGCUGCUCGUGAAUUCGAACGUGUGAUCCCAUUUGAACAUCGGAAUCUAAAUAUUUAUCCUGGAGGAAUCCGAUGAGCUAUAAAGAUAUUUUUUUUUACAGAUGUCCAGUCGCGGCGGGUAAGAACGUCGCAAUAACAAAGAAUACAAAAACACGAUAGUGCAAAGAACAAGAAGGAUAAACAAAUCACCCAAACACUUACAAAUAAAACUAAACAAUCCCCAUCCUAUCCGGGCAAAGCCCACUGAGGUAUUAUACACCUUGUGGUUCAGAAGUGACCUGCCCACAAAUGAUAGCUCGAUAAAGUGGCUUGUCAUUUGAACAUAGCAGGAAAUUAAUCGAAAUAAUCUCAAUGCAUGUUUCUAGCAUACAUGAGGAAUGGAGAAGAUGGGAGAGGUUUGGUUGUUCUUGAGACUUCACAGAUACUUUUAGGAAAACAAAACUGUGAAUUAAAUCUCGCCGCCAAAGUGAACGGCACAGUUUCUGUUACAUCUGAUAAUUAAAACAGCUGUACAGUGGUACCCCGGAGAUCGAACUUAAUUUGUUCCAGAAGGCCAUUCGAACACCGAAUUAAUUUUCCCCAUAAGAAAUAAUGUAAAUUGCAUUAAUUGGUUCCAGACACAAGAAAUCGCUCAAAGUAUUUUUACACUAAGUUUACAGUAAUUACAUGCAUAAAAUCAUACGGAAAAAAAACAAUAAAUAAAUGGAGACAUUGUGUAUGGAUGAACACUAAAAAACACUGAAAUUAUGGAAAUUAACGAAAAAGUUAAGGCACGAUGUUUUGCGGGUCUGCAUUGGGUGAGAGCUACGUGUUAACUGAGCAUCUCAUACGGUAAAACCUUUGGGCAAGCGUCAUGCACGCUGGCCAUACGCGUCUCAGCCGUACAGGUUCUUUCAUGUCACGAUUGCCCCGUUCGACCUCCGAAUUUUGUUCGGUUUCCGGGGCAAAAAAUGUUGAGAAAUAUCGUUCGAACACCGAUUUGUUCGAGUUGUGGUGCGUUCGAUCUCCGAGGUUCUACUGUAUAACGAUUGUGUCUUUCAGCUUAACGCAGUGUGCUCGAGAUGUCUCCCAGAUGCCGUUGUCGUGCGCACGACUGAUGCGGUGAUCUUCACCGAGCGCGUCGACAGCAACCGCAGCCGGCUGUGGAGAACACAUUAAGAAGGCAUCCCCAUAUUGCCAGUGCCUUCUGCAGUUCCCUCCAUCGCGACAUCGUUCAGCCGUCGACAUUUUCAGGCUUCUGUCCCCUGGUCGAUGGCAUCGAUUUCUCCUAGAAACUGAAGUCCCUAACCCACCCGGACGAUCCUCUCGUGAGGUCACCUUGGUUGAGCUGUUUCGAAUGUUUGGAGAUGAAACACUGUUGGUUGUUAAAAUAUUCAAUUUUCUGUUAAGAUAAGGGAAUGUCGCAAUAUCAAAUUAUUUCGAGGUGUUAUGUUUGUAUGUACGGUGAGAUUUGCGGGGUUCUGUGGGCUGGUUUUUAUUCCCAUUUUGUAAUGUUUGGUGUGUUUCCCAUAUUAAAGGUCAUACAAGUG